AUGGCCGACCGCCGUGCUUCCAGGGGCUACUACGACCCUGUCCGGGGCGGCAGCAAGAGCCUCAGCCCCAGGGCGUCGCUCAACACGCUUCCUAUCCCUGCGCCCGAGCCGUCGCCGCCGUCACGUUCGUCGAGAAUCUCCAUGUCGGCACUGAUGAACGACGACCCAGCCCCCGUCCAGGGCGUGUCCCCUCUGCCCUCUGCGCCUGCGCCGGCACCAGCACCCUCUAAUUCGGGCUCAUCGGGGCGCAAUGGGUACCCAGCGUAUCACCCUGCUCCCACUCCAGACGACAGGUAUGUCGAAAGGUCAUACUCCCAAGGCCACUCUCAGCCUCUUUCUCCGCCGCCGGGGCAAGGGUACAGGUACACCUCGCCUGGCUUGGGGCGACGAUCGCCUUUGCUCGCUGGUGGUACCGGGCAUGUUCGACCGACGUCGAUACCGACCGACGACAGCUCUUACCCUCCUUCCACCCACCCCCCUCCCGCCCUCUCAUCAUCCUCAACAUCCAGAGCCCGCUCCCGCUCCCAAUCCCAAUCCCAAUCCCAAUCCACCCACCCCCAUCCCGACCUGCACGACCCCGACCCAGAGCGCCGACACUCUUCUAUCGCUGUCGCGCGGAUGCAAGAGGAGUCUUUAGCGUUUGAGCGGGCAAAGAGGGUGGUGGAGGAGGAGGAGGAGGAGAUGUAUAGGCGGAAGAGGGAGAGGGAGUAUGCUGAGAGGGAGCAUGUGCCGCAUUUGCCUCAACAUCGAGAGGUGUAUGACCGUGCGUACCCCGAGCCCGGGGCGGAGCCAAGGACGAGUGAGCUUGAUGCUAGGCGGACUAGCGAGCCGUAUGUUCGACCAUCGUCUGAAGUGAGGGAGAGGUAUGAGAGGGAAAGAGAUGUACUUCCUCUUUCUACCGCUCCUUCAGCUGCUUCCCCUCCAAGGACUACCUCCCACUCUUACUCCACCCACCCUCACCCCCACACCUCUUACCCUCCCCCGCCCCCACACUCCCACUCCCUCGCCCAGCACCCCGACCGCCCCCGCCCAGCCUACGCCAAAGCCCUCCGCCCAAACGACCUCCUCAUGGGGAACGAAGAUAUCUGGGAAAACACCCUUAUCCACUACCAAACCCGACGCGAAAUUCAAGUCCACGCUCUAGCAGACUGGGCUGAUACUUACCAAGCCCAGCCUUCGGGGUUGGGGUUGGAUGAGCAUGCUUUGCCGCAGUGGCAGGGCCAAGUGCAGAAUGUCCGCAAAGGGGCUGAGGGCACGCCGAAGAAGAGAAAGUACGGUAAAGGCAAGCAAGGUGCGGGGAAGGGUGGUUUGGAUGAAGAGUUGCUAGGCCUCGCCUCGAGUCCUCCAGGCUCACCCUCCCAAACAAGCGACAAACCCCUCAACGGCCACAUUGACCCUGCCCACCCUCCAUCCCCUUCCACCCUCGUCUGGCCCUCCGGCCUCACCCGUGCCGAAGUCAUCGCAAAAUGUAUGGCAAAUGAUGUCUCUGGCUUGUCGGAGGACGAUGUGAAGGCGGUGCAGGAUGAGAUUUGGAUGAAGGAGAAGAUUGCGAAAGCUGAAUCUGGUGCUGGGGAAGCGUUGCCUACGAACAAGGAUGGUACGAUCCGGAAGAAACCUGGGCCGGCGAAAGGGUGGAAGAAGAUUAGGGGGAUAGAGAAGAAGCCUGAUCCGCCCAAGGCCCGGUCGAGGACAGAGGGGAGUGUGGCGGGGAGUUUGGUGGAUGAUGGGGAGGAGGGAGGGUUGGAGAAGGGGAAGAAGGUCAAGAGAAGAAAACUUGAUGAGAGGACUGAGUCGCCUCAUUUCGGGUAUGGUGAAGAUGGCGAGCACCCGCCCUCCGAAUCGAUGCACGAUGAGCAGGAAGAUCUCAGCAGGGCCGGGAGUGUGGGCGCUAGCAGUGCCAUGAACGGUUCUGAAGCUGCUCCUGCAUCUGUACCAGCAAAAAAGAAGGCGGCCAAGACGAAAGAACCUGGCGUCGGCAAAGGUCGCUGGACGCGCCCCUCCAAGCCGGAGAAGGAACUCGUCAAAAAGGCGGAAGCAUUGGCAGGCAAGAGCAAGACGCCGCUUAUGGUGCAGGAUGAGGCGUUACCGCCGUUCAGUCUGCCGUUUGAGAAUGAAGAUGUGGAGGAUGUGUUCCAGUAUGCCGGGCAGGGGGUGUUCCAGCAGAACCCCCAUGGUCAGGGACAGGUGGCGGCGCCGAAUACGUUUGACCCGAGGGGUGUGACGGAGGAAGAGGCGAGGAUUCGGUAUGAGUUGGUGGAGGAUUUGCAGAGAAUGACGUGGGCUGCUAUCGUCCGGGAUGUGCCCCGUGUUUAUCGAGUGUAUCAAGGAUACGACCAGACGAUGAAGCAGAUUGCUCAGCGCCGAGCUCAGGCGUGUGUGAGGAAUGGCUUUGGGCAGAAGAAUCAAAAGACUGCUCAGCGGGUUGGCGGGAAAGCGAGUAAGGAGGGAGCUGCCAAGGCCAAACGUGUCGUCAAAGAGCUCGCGGCGUUCUGGCGGAAGAACGAAAAAGACGAGAUCCUCUCGAAAAAGAAGGCCGACAAGGAAGCGCUCGAUCGCGCCAAAGCGGAGGAAGAAGCCCGAGAAUCCAAGCGUGCUUCGCGAAAACUCAAUUUCUUGCUCACGCAGACAGAGCUGUAUUCGCAUUUCAUUGGGAAAAAGAUCAAGACGCAAGAGGCGGAGGCGGCGGAGGGGAUGGAGGUGCCUGCGGAGGAUGGGAAGCAUGGGUUUGAGGAUAUUGCUAUUGGGAGUGAUGGGGAGGCAUUGCCGGAUAUUGAUUAUGACAAUGAUGAUGAGGAGAAUCUUCGACGACAUGCGGCUCGAGGUGCUCAGGCUGCUAUUCAGGCAGCCAAGGACAGGGCCAGUGCGUUUGAUACCGACCAAGCUAAAGGCGGCGCCCCUCCUCCCGAGGACGAUACCAGUAAAAUUAUAGUGGAUGGCGAAGAGCUCAACUUUCAAAACCCCUCGCUGGGCGAGAAUAGCGUUACCAUCACGCAACCAAAGAUGCUCAUGGCUCAGCUCAAAGAGUAUCAGCUCAAGGGUCUGACGUGGCUGGGUAAUCUCUAUGAGCAGGGUAUCAACGGUAUCUUGGCCGAUGAGAUGGGUCUGGGAAAAACCAUCCAAUCCAUCUCCCUCCUCGCGUACCUUGCCGAACACCACAAUAUCUGGGGCCCAUUCUUGGUCAUCGCCCCUGCGUCGACCCUGCACAACUGGCAACAAGAGCUCGCCCGUUUCGUUCCCCGCCUCAAGGCCAUCCCGUACUGGGGCUCGCCAAAGGACCGAGAGACGUUGCGAAAACUUUGGAGUAAGAAGAAUCAGACUUUCAGCGAAGACUCGCCGUUCCACAUCUUGGUCACUUCUUAUCAACUUGCCGUGCAAGAUGAAAAGUAUCUCCAAGGGCAGAAAUGGCAGUAUAUGAUUCUGGACGAAGCGCAAGCCAUCAAAUCGUCCUCUUCGGCCAGGUGGAAGUCGCUUCUGAGCUUGCGCUGCCGAAACAGGCUCUUGCUUACCGGUACACCCAUCCAAAACUCCAUGCAUGAACUCUGGGCUCUGCUGCAUUUCAUCAUGCCUCAGCUCUUCGACUCGCACGAAGAGUUCACAGAGUGGUUCUCAAAAGACAUUGAGAGCUCGUCUGGAGGUGUUACGGGGACACUCAAACCGGAGCAGCUCAAGAGAUUGCAUAUGAUUCUGAAGCCGUUCAUGUUGCGAAGAGUCAAGAAGCACGUGCAGAAGGAGCUUGGAGACAAGAUCGAAAUUGAUCUACUGGUCGAUCUGAGUCAACGUCAACGAGAAAUCUACAGAGCUAUACGACAAAGAGUCUCCAUUACCGAUCUUCUCGCUACCGCUGACAACGGCUCCGACCCUGCUGCCGCUGGCUCGAAGAACAUGCGCUCCUUGGUCAACUUGGUCAUGCAGUUCCGAAAAGUUUGCAACCAUCCCGACCUUUUUGAGCGCGCCGACGUCGUUUCACCUUACGUCUUUGGCACGUUUUCGCGAUCCGGAAAUCUAGCCCGAGAAAUCGACCAGCUCUACCUUCCCGAUUCUGGCAGAAAUGCCAUUGAAGCCCGGAUACCCAAAAUCUUCUGGACGGACGGCGGCAAGCUCGAUGUCCCCGGGGAAGAGAAUCUGGCAGGGAGUGACACUCGGGUGUUGCACAACCUCAUGAACAUCUGGACGCCCGAGUGGAUCAGCGAGCGCGUCAAGGUUUCCAAUAGCGAGUUUGGAUGGGUCAAGCUUCUAGGAGAGAGCCCGUGGGAUGUGUCGAGGAGAGCGAAAUCGCCUCUUCUGGCCCAGCUUGUUGAAGGUGCGGCUGAGGAGAAGAGAUGGCUUGAUGAGAGCAGGUUCGUUGACGAUGUCGACUUUGCUGCCUCUGCAAAGAAGGGCCUCAAGGUGCGACCGAUGUUGCCGAGCAUAGAUCUGCCUGGUAGUCCCUCGUUACACGAAAUUGCUCUAACAGCUUGGGAUGCGUCCUAUCUCUCUCGAGGCGACGCUAAAGUGGGAGACCGAGUCAUCACGACCCCCAUCAUCCCGGAUGUCUCCAACCGCUCUUUUGUCAACACGCAAGAACGGCUUCUCAACCAACCCCUCGUAAACACUGCGCUGUAUGGACUCGCGCCGUCAGAAUUGCACAACCCUGCUGCUGCUCAACGGUUCUCAAGACUUUUGCCUGGUGGUCCCAUCGCAGGCCUGAUACGACACUCAUCGCCCUCCCAAACUCCCGUCUCCCCUCUGCGUAUUCCUCCCACAAAACGUCUCAUCGUCGACUCUGCCAAGCUCUCCCGUCUCGACUCUCUUCUCCGAGAACUCAAGGCUGGCGGCCAUCGUGUACUCUUGUACUUCCAGAUGACCAAGAUGAUGGAUCUGGUAGAAGAGUAUCUGAUCUUCAGGCAGUAUAAGUACCUGCGUCUGGAUGGUUCUUCGCCCAUUGCGGAAAGAAGAGAUAUGGUCACAAGCUGGCAGACAAACCCGGAUAUCUUUGUGUUUUGCCUGAGUACUAGGGCUGGUGGUCUGGGUAUCAAUUUGACCGCUGCCGAUACUGUCGUCUUUUAUGAUCACGAUUGGAACCCUUCAAGUGAUGCUCAGGCUAUGGACCGAGCCCAUCGAGUUGGCCAAACCAAGCAGGUCACAGUCUAUCGACUUGUCGCUCGAGGUACAAUCGAAGAACGUAUCCUCAAGAUGGCCCGCGGCAAGAAGGACGUCCAAGACGUUGUCGUCGGCACCAAAUCCGUCUCUGACGUCGCCAAAGCCUCCGAAAUCGCAUCGCUCUUCAUGGACGACGAGGAACUCGCCGAGUCUGUCGCCAAGCGGAAGCAAGCUGAAGCCCAUGGUUAUGUUCAGCCGUCACUCAUCGCCAACGGCGGCGGAAGGGGCAAAGGCUUCGGAGACGGGCUGGAUCUGGACGACGGGGAUGCAGAUGAUGGCUUCUUCAAUGCUGCUGCGGCGGCGAGAGCAAAUGGCGAGGAAGAGGAAGGGCUUGGAGAGGAAGGAGGGAAGCCGAAAGGAAAGGGGAAGGGGAAGGCUGCUGGGGGUGGAGGCGCACUGGGACCGGUGGAUGGAAGUGGAAAGAGGAGUCAUAAGAGAGGGAUGGGGAAGAAGGCGCAAGCUGCGGCCGCGGCUGAUUCUUUGGAUAAAGCUCUCAGCAAAACAGUUUCGCCAUCAUCUUCCAAACCGCCUCCCAAGAAGAAGGUCAAGAUAGCCCUCGGUCCCGACGGCCUUCCAAUGUAA